UGUGUGUAUAUAAGAGAGAGAGAGAGAGUGAGAGAGACGUUUUGAAGUUGCUGUAGCUCUUCAACGUAUAUGAAGAUUGAAGCUUAUAGAGUUCUCGAUCUGGGUAUGUGAAGCAAAUUUAACGUUGAUUUUUGAUUCUGGGUGCGACCCAGAAAUUCGUUUAUGAAACUCUACUGGUUAGAUGGACCCAACCAUUGAACGGCCUCCGAAUGCACAGAGGGGUUAUCGUGUUCAAGCUCCACUGGUUGAUUCUGUGUCAUGCUAUUGUAAAGUAGAUUCAGGCUUGAAAACGGUUGUUGGGGCAAGAAAAUUUGUUCCAGGGUCUAAGAUAUGCAUCCAACCUGAUAUCAAUCCUCAUGCACACAAGACUAAAAACUCACGAAGGGAGAGAGCCAGAUUUCAACCACCCCUCUUGCCAGGCCUUCCUGAUGAUCUUGCCAUUGCUUGUCUGAUUCGAGUCCCUCGUGUUGAACAUAAUAAACUUCGACUAGUUUGCAAGAGAUGGUAUCGCCUUCUGGCUGGAAACUUCUUUUAUUCUCUUAGGAAAAGUCUUGGAAUGGCAGAAGAGUGGGUUUAUAUCAUUAAAAGAGACUGCGAUGGGAGGAUUUCUUGGCAUGCUUUUGAUCCCACAUACCAGCUCUGGCACCCACUUCCACCUGUUCCCGGAGAAUAUAGUGAAGCUCUUGGAUUUGGUUGUGCUGUUCUGAGUGGAUGCCAUCUGUACUUAUUCGGAGGAAAAGAUCCACUCAAGGGGUCUAUGAGACGGGUCAUUUUCUAUAAUGCUCGGACAAAUAAAUGGCACAGAGCACCAGAUAUGCUUCGGAAACGUCAUUUUUUUGGUGCUUGUGUCAUAAAUAACUGCCUUUAUGUGGCUGGUGGAGAAUGUGAGGGAAUCCAGAGAACUCUACGUUCUGCUGAAGUUUAUGAUCCCAACAAGAACCGCUGGAGCUUUAUAGCAGAUAUGAGCACAGCUAUGGUCCCUUUUAUUGGAGUUGUAUAUGAUGGGAAGUGGUUUGUAAAAGGACUAGGGUCCCACCGAGAGGUCCUUAGUGAAGCCUAUAUACCUGAAACUAAUACCUGGACUCCAAUCAGUGAUGGGAUGGUUGCUGGUUGGCGGAACCCUAGUUUGUCUUUGAAUGGAAAGCUCUAUGCUUUGGAUUGUCAUGAUGGGUGCAAACUUAGGAUUUUUGAUGAAGCUACAAAUUCUUGGGAUAGAUUUAUAGAUAGCAAACUCCAUCUAGGGAAUUCUCGUGCAUUACAGGCUGCUGCUCUUGCCCCCCUUAAUGGGAAGCUUUGUAUCAUCCGUAACAACAUGAGCAUCAGUAUGGUUGAUGUCUCUUGUCCUGAUAAACGAGUUGAGAGUAACCCUCACCUUUGGGAAAAUAUUGCUGGGAAAGGUCACAUCAGAACUCUUUUCACAAAUUUAUGGUCAAGUAUAGCUGGGCGAGGAGGAUUGAAAAGUCAUAUCGUGCACUGUCAGGUGCUUCAAGCGUGAGAAUCAGCAUUCAUAUUGCUUGUCAUUGCUGACAAGAUUGCUUCAUUAUCUUCAUCUAUCAUGGCUGUGCUGCUACAGAGUGAAGUUGCAUCACUUGAUUGACAUUGGGUUUUGCACCUUGUGAACAAAAAAAUUGCAUUUAUUCUCUUUUGAUGUACCGUUCUUACUUUUUGUGGAGAAUGGAUGAACAGGGAUCUUCUGCUCAUGUGGACUUAAUUCUCACUUCACAAAGAGGUUCAGCUUGAAGAAAUGAAAAUGGGGAUAGAAUCAUAGGUGCAUUCAAAAAUCAAGUUGGAAAAGCAACUUUAGUGGAACUUCAUUGCCAGCUCUUGUAUAAAUUUCAUCUGGAACUGAUGCCAUUUCAUCAUUCAGAUGGUUCACAUGUAUUUACAAGGUGAGAGUGAUUUACUGUUUCUUUUCUCAAUAGAUUUAUGGGGAUAUUUCUUUACAUUCAUGAAGAGAGAGCGGAUAGUUUUCAAACCUGUAAACCUUUUUCAUUUGGUGAUGGCCAGUGUGUUCUUUGCUUGUGGAAUCUAUCUUCUUACUUAUUAUGUAAUUUUGGAGGUGCUGUGUGAAUAUACAUGGAUUAUUAUAUAUAUAAUCAAUUACAUUUAGAUUAAACA